AUGAUGAUCCCGGAGGGUCUGAAGAUGGUGACAGAGGGCCGCUGGAGCGCCAUGCGCGUGGUAGACGAGUCUGCGCGCUUGGCCGGGCUGUGGCGCGUCUCCGUGGGAUUGCAGGAUGGUGCGCAGGCCUACGCCUUCACCAUGUGGCUGACCGUGCACUUUGCCGUGGAGUCGCGUUCUGGCGCAGUGAACGGAGUGCUGCUGGAGGGCCCUGACUUGGAGGAUGCGACCAGCAGAGAAGGACCCAAGGUGAGCAAUGCCAUCGUGGAGGGUUCGCUCAGCAGCCGAUCCUUGCGCUUGCAGGUGAAUGGCUGGAAGGGCCGCGCCAUGCUGGAGGGCCAACUUGAUCGAAAAGGAGGGGCUGUCGCCAGCAUCACAGGUUUCUGGUGGUCCUUGGAUGCCAACGAGAUCAGUGGCACCUGGUCCGCCUCGCGCCUGGAUGGCACUGUCUUGGAGAAACUCAUUGAGCCCAAGCUGACGGGAGAGGAACCCUUGGUCUCGAAGUGCAAUGCGGGAUGCCGACUCACCGCAUCAGGCCUGAAAAACAAAGGGAAACCGAUGUGCUCAAGCAAGCAUGUCUUGACCAGCAAGAAGGGCACGGACGAUGAUGAUGAAGAAGGACUUGAAUGCGAACGCUGUGGCCGCGAAGUGAAUGGUGCCCACUGGUGGUGCAAUCGUUGUGAUGUUGCAGUGUGCUCUCGCUGCGAGAAGCAGACUGUGGCGAAGGAGGUGGAAGAUGAGGAGAGGCGACAGUUCGAAGUGGCAGCGUUGGACCGCUUCAAACUCGCUGGAAAGGUCUACUUUGAGGUCACAGCGGAGAAGGUUGGAGACGGCGCUUUGAUUGGCUUGGCCUUGCAGAAUGUCGAUGAUGAUUAUGCGCCUGGUGAGGACCUCGGUACCUUCGCCUUGAUGCACAACGGCGUCUGUCGACACAACGGCAAGGAUGAAGGGAAGAGUGCUGUGUGGAAGGAUGGAGCCGUGAUCUCUUUUGCGGUGGACUGCGACGCAGGGACAGUCCAGGUGGCCACGUUGGAUAAGCCCGCCUUCGAGACGGUGCUGCAACUCGCAGCCGAAGAGAUGCCCGCGGAGGUGGGGAUGCCGUUCAUUGCCUUACUGUCUCCUGGCGAUAAAGGCGCCAUGACGGUGAACGUUGGGCAGCAGCCCUUUAAGUUGCAGCCACCGGCCAAAGCCUUCCACCCCUUGGCCGAGCUCAUGGAGCUGCGACGGCAAUGGCGAGUGACACUGCCUGACAAUGUCGAGACAUGGCCGGUCUAUGUGAAACCAUCCCGGCAAGCGGAGGGCUCGGAGUCGCUGCAAGCGCAGUGGGGCUUCGAAGAGCUUGGAACACUUCCCGACGAGAACGGUGUGAAAUGGAUUCGCCACAGUGGCGGAUGGUCUCCGGUGUCUCUGGAAGCUCUGGGCAGGCUGUGCACAGGUUUGACCCCGUUGCCUUCCACAAUUGAUGCUCUUGAAAAGCGAGGGGACGCCAACGGUUUCAAAUUCUUCCGCUUCGUGGUCACCAAAGCCCGUGGUGGCGACACCGUGAACGGCGUGAGUUUAGGGCAGCUGCUGCUGCGCCGCGAGGGCAUGGAGCUGGACCUGGCGGAUGCCACGGCGGAGAAUCCGGAUGGUCAGUUCGCGGAGACCGAAGGCCCCGGCAAUGCCAUCGAUGGCCGAACCAGUACGCGAUGGCACAGCACCGUGCUGAGCCCAUUGGUGAUCAAGCUGCCAAAGCCAGUCUUGAUCGAUAGCUUCAGCUUCCGCACCGGACCCAGUGAUGAACAACUGGAUCCCGUGGAGUGGCGCUUGGAAGCUUCCAAUGAUCAAAAUACCUGGAAAGUUCUCCAUAGCCAGGAAACCAGCUACCAUCCCCCACGUAGACGCUGUGGUCAAGCGAGUUGGUUCGACACCAGCACCCGUGGCAGUGGAAGUUCUGGCAAGAGUAAGUUGGUGCCUUGGACAUCAGGUGUGAAGAUUCUGGCGGGUCACUGGCAUGCCUUGACGCUGGCAGUGGAUCUUCCCAACUCCAAGAUGACCAUCUGGGUGGAUGGUGAAGUGGCCCUGGAGAUCUGUGAUCCCUCCUCCCCACUGCUGCGCUGCGAUGGCCCACUCAGCUUGGAUCCGCAGGAAGGGAUGUGCCUCUUUGGGCGUAAACCCUUUUUGAAGAAGGAAUGGAGUUGGAUGCUGGGUGCGCAGAUCAAGGGACUUCAGCUGCAGACCUCAAGCCCAGAUCUCUUCAACACCUGGGCCCUGCAAAUGCCCUUGGGGGUUUGGAUUUGUCGCGCGCAAGGAACCUGCAAAGCCAAUGGCUUGUUCACCCGCAACAGCGCAUCCCUGGGCAGCUGCUGGCGCUGCAAGAGCAACCGCAUCAAGAGUGGCUUCCGGCCGCCCAACGAUGCGGACCCGCGGCAUCCGGGCAUCAAAAUCUUCACCACCGACUCCUUUGAAGAGCUGUUGGAGAAGGACAAAUGCGUGUUCCUGGCGGUGUCAGCUGAUUGGUGCGGUGCCUGCCAGCAGAUGAAACCUGCCUGGUUCGCCCUGGCGAAGUUGUUGAAGAACUCCAAAGACGUGACGGUGGGGGUGAUGAACAUCGAUGAGAAUGAGGUUGACAGGCGCUACUUCCCGGAACGUCACAUCCCUGUUGUGAAGUUGCUGAAGAAGUUGCCACAAUCCGAUGAUUUCGAACAGAACGACAAGCCAGUGGUGAUCUCCUAUGAAGGCCACCAUCACCUGCCUGGCUGGUUGGAAUUUUUGAGUGAACACACCGAAUUGAAGUUGCAAGAGAUCUUGGAUUCCAACUAUGAGGCCUACGUCAAGGACUUCGGCAUUCAGGGACUCACCACGGACCUGACGGCUGCAGCGCGAAAGGCGCUGAAGGAAUACUGGGGCACCGACAGCGCCUUGGCCGGCAGCGGUGCCGGUGGCUGGCGACGCCUAUGCGCCUUCCUGUGCAACUAUUGCUGGGAUCCCGAGCUGUCGCGAGAGGCUCCCACGGAAGCCACAUUGCAAAAGAAGGUCUCAGUGUCUUCAGAGAAAGAACCAGGCGAAGACGAGUUGUGGAUUCGGCUCUUGUUGAAGCGCACCGGGGAAGAGGUCGAGAAGGCUUUGCGGAGUGGCCACCCUCGGAAACCUUUGGACUACUUGCUGAAGGAGGUCUUUUUGCCGGGAUCCAAGCCAGACGAUUUGCAGAUGGUCCGCACUGGGAUCCACGCUGAAGAGCUGCUGGCCGUGACCCGCGGCAGCUCCGGCGAGGCGCCGCGCACGGCGGCGCAGCAGUGGUCUGCGGUGGAGCAGCAGAAGGCCGCAGCACGCGCCGAGCCCAUGGCCCUGCCGAUGCUGCAGCGCAGCUGGGCGAAGAUCAAACAGGCCAUUGAUAGCAAGAAUGCCAAACGCAUGCAGACCAUUCAGGAGUUGCUGACGCGUGGGUUGGACCUGGACUUCAAUGCCUUAGGGCGUGAGCAAGCCUCGGUCUUGUGGCUUGCCGCAGCGAACAAUGAUUUAGAGGUGCUGCAGUUCUGCCUGGCCUACGGUGCCGAUCCGCACCGCGACACCGAAGGCGUGCUGCCAACCGAAGCGGCAGCGGCGACCGGGGCCUUGCAGGCGCUGGCCAUGCUGCUGCGCAUCGGCGCGGUGCCAGGCCGGGCCUUGCAUUUCGCAGCUGCCACGUCUCAAGUCGGGGCCUUGCGGGUCCUGAUCAACUCCAAGGCAGAUCUGCGAGUGCGCGUCAAUGGUUUGACACCUUUGGCAGUUGCUGUGUGCAGAGACAAUGACGAGGUGAUCAAAUUGCUUCUGCAACAGUCAACAACGGAGCCCUCUCUGGGCAGUGCAGCCUGCGAGGCCUUGGGCCUGGCAGCAGGCAGCAACCUGCUGUACCUGGCAGCACAGUGUGGCUUAGAUCGUACCUGUGACCUGUUGAUUCAGAAGGGCGUCCGUCCCAACCUGGAAGCGCCUCGGGCAGUGGGCACCCAAAGUGUGCAGGAGAACGUCCGUGCCGUGUUGGAGCCGCACCGUUGGACAAUCCUCAGGCGCAUGUGUCCAGAGGGUAAGGCCACCAACCAGCUGCAUGUGGUCAUUAAGGAGGCCAUGGAUGAAUGCAAUGCGGAUGGAGAGAAGAAACUUGCCGUUUGUUCUGGCGUGGGAGUCUUGAGGCCCACGACCAUGGCAGCUCUGUUGGAUGAUGCUGAAGCCAUCAAACUCUUAGCCAAGGUCGAUCUCAGUGGCGACCUUGUUCCUGCAUCAUCACCUUCCGCAUUGAUGUGGGCACAGUGGGCUGCAUCACAGCAAGCAGCCCGGGUGAUGUUGGAUGCUGGGGUAACGUUGAGCAACACCGACCUGGAGGGACUCCGUCGCUUGGGCCGGGCAAGGCGCCAGUCGCAGGAUGGGGCGGAAACGGCCUCGGCGGCAGCGCGGCUGCUGGAGCCAGGCAACUGGAGCUUGUUGCCCCAAGCCCUGCAGCAGUUGGCCGGUGCCACGCCCAUGUCGCGACUCCAAGAACUCCGCGAGAAGAUGUUGGUAGGAAUCAACGACGUGGCGCAAGUGGAGGAAGAGAAACCCCCAGUGUUGGCACAGCUGCCAUCCCAGCCGCCCCUUUUGACGCGGGUGACCUCCACACAAGUGGAGCAGGAGGAAGCUUCUGCAAAGGAAGAAGUUGCAGCAUCGACCUUGUUGGAUAUGCUUGGACCCGAGAGAACCAGUUUGAUGCGAUUCUUGGUCCAGAGGGAGAUCGCAAGAGGAGAAGGAAAAUCUGGCCUAUCACCGAAGUAUCUGCUUGCUUUGCAUGCUUCAUCUAUUUAUGUCGACAUCCAUGCGCAGAGCCAGCGCUUCAUGGUGCUGCUGAAAGCUGCCUUGAACACUCUCCCGAGCGCCCGUGGGCCAUGCUACAGAGCAAUCAUGGGAAGUGAGUUGGCUCCAGUGACUUCCUUGAAACACUACUCUCCGGGUUCCAUCAUCCGUUGGCCCUUUGGUGCCUGUGGCACCCUGGACUUCUCUUCGGCCAUGACCUGUUUGACCCAGCAGCUGAGUGGUGGGGAGAGCCGCGGCUACCGGGGUGUCAUCUUCAAGGUGCGACGCUUGUUGACGGCUAAGGAGGUGGAUGAAAGCAACCGCCAGGUUUUGUUCACUGGCGGUGCCAUGCGUGUGGUUGGUAUCUUCCCAUUGAACGGUCCACUGCUGGCCGCAGAGAGAGAACUAUCAGUUCAGUCAAAGCCUUUGGUGCAGCGCAUGGGGCAUUUCUGCCCAAGUCUGGACAUGGUGAGACGUCCAGAAACAGCACAACCCUGGGAAGUUCAAGAGCAGCCCCUUGUGAUGGUUCUGCUGGAUGAAGAGGAAGAAUAGGAAAGUUUACUCCCAAAGUCAAGCUUUGGAGAAGUGCAUAUAGUUCCCAUCAGUUGCCCAGAUUGAAUCAUUGAAAGCUUUGCUAAUAUCAUUUUAGAUGAGGCUGAGCUAAGGGCACAGGUAUGCGGCCCAGGUUUAUGUCAGUUAUGAAGCUCACUUCUGGAGCGUCAAUGUUUGUGCCGUUUGAAGAGCGAUUGCAGAGCUCGCAGGCUUGGGGUUCAUUGCACAAAGAAGCAAUGUCCUCGGGCACGGCACAGGGCUUCUCAAGAACCGACAUUACCA